CAGUCGGAGCCCGAGGAUGGGGACAAAGCGGUAGAAGGAGAGAGACGCGACAGAGAAAGAGGGGAGGCAGAUCAUCUCAGCCCUCCUCUCCUCUCUGCCCACCAUCUCCUCCCCAGACAGGAAGGAGGGGAGGAGACCAUGACCGAUACUCCUCCGCUUUCCUCCAGCCCCUCUCCUAAACUCCAGGACUUCAAGUGCAAUGUGUGCGGCUAUGGUUACUAUGGCAACGACCCGGCUGACCUGGUGAAGCACUUUCGGAAGUAUCACCUGGGCCUGCACAACCGCACACGACAGGAUGCUGCGCUCGACACACACAUCCUGGCCCUCCACAACAUGGCUCCCCAACACACACCUAUUGACAUACAGGCAGGACCAGGGCAGAGGAGCCAAGCCAAAGACUUGGGGAAGACGAGACCGGACAUUCAGAAUCAGCAGCACAGGACAGUAAUGAUGAAUGGCACAUAUGACGUACAGGUGACGUUGGGUGGCACGCUAAUUGGAAUUGGCCGGAAGACCUCUGAUUGCCAGGGAAACACUAAGUACUUUCGCUGCAAAUUCUGCAACUUCACGUACAUGGGCAGUAAUUCCUUGGAACUUGAACAACAUUCCCUCUCCUCGCACCCAAACAAAGUCAAAACUCCGCCAACCACACCCCUGCUGGUCACAAAUAACCUGGCGACGCACGACAACCAGUUGAAGGGGAGGAGUCAAGUCUUAGACGGGGCAGAGCGAGUGGCGGUGCGGGCAGAAGAUGACUCGUUGGUCGGGUACUUCAUCCCCGUCAGGGCUUGUUCAGAUUCAUCAGGCUGGUCAGGGGAGGCUGGUCGAGGUGCUGUGCAGACGUACUAUUGGUGUAAAUUCUGCAGCUGGAGUUGUGAGUGGUCGGGGGGUUCCGCAAAGCUUUUAGAGCACUAUGAGCAAAGACACAAAAUGAACGUGGGUGAUACUACGAGCCCCAACAACUCUAAUCCUGGGGGGAUGGACAGAGAGAGAGAAAGAGGAGGAAGGAGAGAUGGAGGAGAGAGAGAUCAAAUGGCAUCGAAAGGCCGCAAAGAUCAGCUGUCCAACCCAUCCAGCGCCAGCCAAGGAGACCCAAACAGCAGUGAUUCAGAAGCAGUUGUGACCAGUUAUAACUGUCAGUUGUGUGAUUUCCGGUACUCCAUGGCCCACAGUGCGGAUGUGAUCGUAGUAGCACCUUUAUUACUGCACUACCAGCAUAACCACUCCAUCCAUCGCUGCAGCAUUCAGCACUGCAUGUAUUGUCCACAGGGGCUCUGUCAGCCACAAAAACACCUAGGGGAGGUGUCCCACCCAUUUGCCUGUCGGAAGCCCACCUGCCCCAAAUGCUGUUCAAAGUUUCCUCAAUCCACCAAACAGCAGGAUGCCAUUGGUUCAAAACCCACGGUCACCACCUCACCCAGUGUGACUCCUCCCAAUCCUCGAGGCGAUCAUAGUGGGAUUUCUGGUUCGACUUUUCACCCCUCUAACCCUGCCCAUCCUGUUGUCACACAAGGCAUCACCCACUUGUGUGACCAGUGUGCAUUUGCUACCACUGACAUUGACGUGUUGCUGCAACACUAUGAAAGCUGCCACAACCUGAUCAACCUAAAGGGGGCUCCCCCACAUGUCAAAGCUGAGGAAGAAGCAGGGGGAGAGAAGGAAGGAGGGAGAGGAGGAGCAGGAGAGAGGGAGUACUCGUGUACAAAGUGUCACUUCAUUACGGAAGUGGAAGAAGAAAUUUUUAGACACUACAGGUGA